AAACGAAAACAUUGCCAAAACACAAGCCAGAGCAAGAAAGCACCUAACACCAAAAGCGUUGUGCAUUGAACGUCACGUCACACUCUCUCUUGAGAGAGAGUGAGAGAGAGAGAGAGAAACAGCAGUUUUUUUGCUGUGUCGUUGUUGAUGUUGCUGUUGACGGAACUCCAAAAGCUCUCUUUUCGUCUUCUACCUCAUUGAUGUUUACGUUCAUGGCUCUAUCCUCUCCGUUUCCAGUUAUAUAUUGGAAGCACACAUUUUGUCACCCAAUACUCGCAACCCAUUUGGGUAAAAUUGGUGAUGUCAAGUGGGUUCAUGUUGAUCAAGCCCUCUCUUUGAGUUUGCUUAGUUCGUUGCUGGGUUGGGCGUUGAAGCAGGACAGCCACAAUGGAAAUGGGAACAUUUGCCCUCGAAGCUGUCAACAAAGAAACUGUUGAUUUGGAAAACAUUCCUAUUGAAGAAGUUUUCGAAAAGUUGGAAUGCACAAGAGAGGGUCUCAGUUCAGAUGACGUCCAGAAGCGUCUGGAUAUGUUUGGAUACAACAAGCUUGAGGAGAAAAAGGAAAGUAAAGUACUUAAGUUUUUAGGUUUUAUGUGGAAUCCUCUAUCAUGGGUUAUGGAAGCAGCAGCAAUCAUGGCUAUCUCCCUUGCACAUGGAGGGAGAAAGGACAUUGAUUACCAAGAUUUUAUUGGCAUCGUGAUACUCCUAAUAAUCAAUUCAACCAUAAGUUUUAUAGAGGAAAAUAAUGCUGGAAAUGCAGCUGCAGCCCUUAUGGCUCGGUUAGCUCCAAAAACUAAGGUUUUACGUAAUGGGAAAUGGAAGGAGGAAGAUGCAUCUGUGUUGGUUCCUGGAGACAUUAUUAGUAUCAAACUAGGAGAUAUUAUUCCUUUAUAACAAAGGGGUUCACGUCUGCUUGAAGGGGAUCCUUUGAAAAUUGAUCAGUCUGCCCUUACAGGAGAGUCACUCCCAGUAACCAAAAAUCCCGGUGAUGGCAUAUACUCAGGUUCAACAUGUAAGCAAGGUGAAAUCGAAGCAGUCGUUAUUGCAACAGGAGUACAUACUUUCUUUGGAAAGGCAGCUCAUCUUGUGGAAAACACUACUCAUAUUGGGCACUUCCAGAAGGUGUUGACUGCAAUCGGCAACUUCUGCAUUUGCUCAAUUGCCACAGGGAUGGUAAUUGAAAUCAUCGUAAUUUGUUCCCAAAAGAGGAAAUAUCGUUCGGCUAUAGAUGACCUUCUUGUUCUACUCAUUGGUGGAAUUCCAAUUGCAAUGCCAACAGUUCUUUCUGUUACAAUGGCCAUCGGUUCCCAUCGCUUAUCCCAGCAGGGUGCCAUAACAAAAAGAAUGACGGCAAUUGAGGAAAUGGCCGGUAUGGAUGUGUUAUGCAGUGAUAAAACAGGCACUUUAACUCUCAACAAACUUACAGUGGACAAAAAUAUGGUUGAGGUUUUCACCAAAGGCGUUGACGGAGAUAUGGUUGUGUUGAUGGCUGCAAGAGCCUCAAGGUUGGAGAACCAAGAUGCUAUUGACACAGCAAUUGUUUCAAUGUUGGCUGAUCCUAAGGAGGCACGAAUUGGGAUUACAGAAAUUCAUUUCCUUCCUUUCAAUCCAACUGAUAAGAGGACGGCACUGACAUACAUAGAUAGUGCAGGGAAAAUGCACAGAGCGAGCAAAGGUGCACCGGAGCAGAUUCUCAAUCUGGCCUGGAACAAAUCAGAAAUUGAGAAAAGGGUACACUCCGUGAUAGAUAAAUUUGCAGAACGUGGACUUCGAUCCCUUGCAGUUGCUCGCCAGGAAGUACCUGCUGGUACCAAAGACAGUCCCGGUGGACCAUGGGAAUUUCUUGGUCUUCUCCCUCUCUUUGAUCCACCUCGCCAUGACAGUGCUGAAACUAUUAGAAGAGCUCUAGGUCUUGGAGUGAGCGUUAAAAUGAUCACAGGCGACCAGCUGGCAAUUGCUAAGGAGACAGGGAGACGGCUUGGAAUGGGUACAAACAUGUACCCUUCAUCAGCUUUACUUGGUGAUCACAAGGACCAGUCUGUUGCGGCUCUACCAAUUGAUGAACUCAUCGAGAAAGCUGAUGGCUUUGCUGGUGUCUUUCCUGAACACAAGUACGAGAUUGUGAAGAUAUUACAAGGUAGAGAACACAUAUGUGGAAUGACAGGUGAUGGAGUCAAUGAUGCACCUGCAUUAAAGAAAGCAGAUAUAGGAAUUGCCGUGGCAGAUGCAACAGAUGCUGCUCGAAGUGCGUCUGAUAUUGUUCUGACUGAGCCUGGGUUGAGUGUAAUUAUUAGUGCUGUUUUAACAAGCCGUGCCAUCUUUCAAAGAAUGAAGAACUACACAAUAUAUGCCGUGUCGAUCACAAUUCGUAUAGUGCUAGGUUUUCUGUUGCUGUCUGCUUUUUGGAGGUUCAACUUCCCACCUUUCAUGGUUCUUGUGAUUGCUAUACUUAAUGAUGGUACCAUCAUGACAAUAUCCAAAGACAGGGUGAAGCCAUCUCCACUUCCUGACAGUUGGAAGCUCAGUGAAAUUUUUGCAACUGGGAUUGUCUUAGGCAGUUAUCUCGCCCUUAUGACUGUUAUAUUUUUUCAUACAACUUAUAAAACCAGUUUCUUUGUGAAACAUUUCCAUGUAUCAGAUUUAAGAGAUUCUAAAUAUAAUGGAAAGCUAGCAUCUGCCGUGUACCUUCAAGUUAGCACCAUCAGUCAGGCCUUAAUAUUUGUGACACGUGCUAGGGGAUGGUCCUUCACUGAAAGACCUGGUGGUCUUCUUGUUGUUGCCUUCAUCAUUGCUCAACUGGUUGCAACUUUAGUAUCUGCCAAGGCAACAUGGGGUUUUGCUGGGAUUACCGCGAUUGGCUGGCGUUGGACAGGUGUCAUUUGGUUGUUCAACAUUGUAACAUACAUACUUCUUGAUCCUAUCAAAUUCGGUGUCCGUUAUGCACUCAGUGGGAAAGCCUGGAAUCUUCUACUAAACAAAAAAACGGCUUUCACCACCCAGAAGGACUUCGGGAGGGAAGCACGUGAGGCUGCAUGGGCAGCUGAACAGCGGACACUUCAUGGCCUUCAGUCUAUGGAAACAAAGUCAGUUGCUGAGCGACACACUUUCAGGGACAUUAGUAUCAUGGCUGAAGAAGCUAAAAGGCGUGCAGAAAUUGCAAGGUUAAGGGAGCUUCACACAUUGAAAGGCAAGGUUGAGUCAUUUGCUAAGCUAAGAGGAUUAGACAUUGAUAUUAACCCUCAUUAUACCGUCUAACUAGUGUUGAGUUCUUGCUACACACUCUCGUUUUUUUUGCUGUUCUGUUCCAUUUCUUGUAAUUUUUGCUGUGUCCUGUUAUGUACCUGCAAUUCUUCUGACAUUAUUGGCUUGUCAAUCAUUGUGCUAGUACAAUUGUGCAUAACGCUCAUCUAUUCUGCACAAAAACCAUCAAUAAAACCUUCUCUUAUGAGUUUAUGGUCC